AUGGCGCCUCCUACGUUGCGGAAAUGGGUCGCGUUACAGAACAUGCGUUUAAAGGAGAUGCGGUUAAUACAGGAAAGCUUUCGCGGUAGAGAUAGUGCCACUUUGAGCAAAACGGUUAUCCAGCCGCAAUUAGAACGCCUGAAUGAGAUAUGGGCGGACGUAUGUAACACACACGGGGAGAUCUCGGCCAAAGAGGGGUCGGAGUCGGAUCCGUAUAUGGUGGACGAUAUGUACGCUACGUUGCACACCACUUGCGGGGAGGUACGCGAGCUAUUAACUUUGCGCGAGCCCUUUGAGGUUGGGGAGAUACCGGCUACGAAUGCUCAGGGCGCGAACGCUGGGACAUCCAAGCCGGAUGCGGACGCGUCCAUAGCGCGUCUGCCGCGAAUGCCGUUACCUACGUUUUCGGGGGAGUACGAGGACUGGGCGAGCUUUUGCGACCUCUUUACCGCUCUGGUACAUGAGGUGCCCCAAUUCGCGGACGUGACUAAGUUGCAAUUUCUGAAGUCGUGCUUGACGGGUCCGGCUGCCGAGUUAAUUAAGGAGGUCGAAACGACUAACGCGAAUUAUGCCAGUACAUGGUUAACGCUCAAGGCGAGAUAUCAUAACCCACGUCUCAUUCUUGCGAAAUAUCUUACGUCUUUGUCACACCUCCAACCUUUGCGGAAGGAGUCUGCUGUAGGCUUGCGUGCGUUUACCGACGAAGCGACGCGGAUUGUUCGCGCUCUCACGAAUAUGAAAUUACCGGUGGUGCAUUGGGAUCCGUGGCUUGUCCACUCUCUCGCGGAGAGGUUAGAUCCGGAGUCACGGAGACUCUGGGAGGCUGAGCUCAGUGUGAGGGACCGGCAGGCUGCAGUGAAUGUGGGAUUGGGGGAUAUUGAUCCGUUAAAAUACUUGCCUACCUUUAAGGACUUAGUAGAUUUUCUGGAAAGGCGAACGCAGACGCUCCACAUGUUGAGUUCGGAAUCUCUAACGAGUAAUAAGGGGGAGAAGAGAACGGCUCACGAUGGUAAGCCCGUUCAUAAAACACAGAAGGUCUUUCACGCUAGCACUUCCUCUUCGAGAUCGGACAAAUUGAAAUGUAUUGCUUGUCCGGGCUUUCAUCCCCUGAUAAAAUGCACUAGCUUUAAGGCGAAGUCUGCGAGUGACCGACGCGAGUGUGUGCAACGUUCGGGAGUUUGCUAUAACUGCUUAGGCGGACAUAGAGUGCGCGAUUGCCGAUUGGAUAAGCGUUGUGGCGUCCCCGGUUGUCAGAGGAAGCACCAUACCCUUUUGCAUCCGCCAGCGGCUGCCGGGCCGACGGCGGAGGGCCGCGCUUCCCCGACAGGGAAGUCCUCGUUGGCGGCGGGCCGUGCCCCCGGGGUGGGCACGAGCCUUAUUUCGGGCCAUCGCGGCCAUUACGGUUGCGCGGGGGGACAGUUGCCCGCGUAG